AUGGUCACACCGACCGCCGAUUGGUUGACGUUUGGUGCAGGAAAACAUACGUGUCCCGGGCGUUUCUUCGCGGUCAACGAGAUCAAAGCUUUACUUGCACAUGUCAUCAUGACAUACGACAUAAAGCUCAAAGACUCUGAGGAAUUCCCGAAAGAGAUGGAGUUCGCGGCCUUCGUGAGUCCGAAUCAGAGUGCUAAGGUGCUGUUCAGGAAGCGGAGGGCGGUAUAA